AUGACCCCCCAGGAGCAACGUAUGGACACUUUGCAACAGGAUCUUUGCCGCGUGAUUCUAGACCUGCUCGCGGGAAUCCUGGGGGAUCAUUCAUUCGGGACCCUAGUGAAACCGGUGCUUCGAUUUGAAACUCUCAUCCAGGACGGCAAGCAGGGAAUGCAGCGUCAAACAUCCUGCACACCCAUGAUUUCGAAAAUCUUAGACUUAUCUAGCAUAAUUUCACAAAGCGAAAAUAACAGGCUGAGUGUGGAUAAUGCGAGGAAAGGAAACACCAUCGGGCAGCCAACACUAUCCACCUUUGGCACCCAAUCGGUAAUGGACGGCGUUGGCUGGCCUUCUAUCCGAGCGCAAAGGACACCACAUCAAGGACUGCCGCAAUUAUCAACUGGGACUGGAGCCAAUGCCUCAUUUCGGAGAUGGGGGGUCUCGGCGCUGCGAUCAGAUAGGAAAACUGCGGAUGUGGAAGAAGAGCACCCGGAAAGUCAGCGGCAUACGCAGUUUACCAACGGUUUCCCUCAUCCCGUAAACGUCCAGUCAAACGUCGUCUUCAUCCCGCAGCAGUCCUCCAUUGACAGAUUUGUCGUCAACAUCUGGGAGCGGAUUCACGGCUGCAUGAGCUUCGAUUCCCAAAAUUUACUUGAACAGUGGCAGCUCGUGGCAACGGCGGCAAAGGCGGGAACGGGAAGCAGUAAUGAUGCUGUCAAGAUUUACUUUCCUGAGCAGCUGGGUUUCGACAAGCUCCAGGCGUCGUCAGCAGAGGGCACGCUGUCUGAUAUCGAGAUCGAAGGGAUUUUCAAUCGCGGCAACAUUUUUUGCCGGAAAAUCAC